CAGCAACGCUGGCAGCAUCAGCUCCCCCACAGGCCACAACAACAUAGUUGUAGAGAUGGAAAACGGAUCAAAGAAAUGGGGUUUUCAAGCAAACAAGAGCCUCAGCACAGCAUCAGCAGUCACAGUCCGUGGAGUUCUUAAUGUCUUACUGGACAAUCUCAACAAAGAAGAUACUAGACAACUCAUACCAUUAGCCCAUGGCGACCCUUCUGCUUUUCCUUGUUUUCGUACAACAACUGUGGCCGACGAGGCUGUUGUUGACGCUGUGAGAUCUGCCAAGUACAACCAUUAUGCCCCAACUGUUGGUCUUCUUCCUGCUAGGAGGAGUGUUGCAGAUUACCUUAAUCGUGAUCUCCCAUACAAGUUAUCACCAGAUGAUGUUUUUCUUACACUUGGUUGCACACAAGCAAUUGAAACCACAAUAACUGUACUUGCUCGACCUGGUGCUAACAUUUUGCUUCCAAGACCUGGAUUUCCAUACUAUGAAGCUCGGGCUGCACAUAGUCAUCUCGAAGCUCGCCAUUUUGAUCUUAUCCCAGAAAAGGGCUGGGAGGUUGAUCUUGAUGCUGUUGAAGCUCUGGCAGAUGAGAAUACAGUUGCCAUGGUUGUCAUAAACCCUGGCAAUCCUUGUGGAAGUGUCUACAGCUAUCAACAUUUACAGAAGAUCGCAGAGACAGCAAGAAAGCUUGGAAUUAUGGUGAUUGCUGAUGAAGUCUAUGGCCAUCUGACAUUUGGGAAUUCUCCAUUUGUGCCAAUGGGAGUCUUUGGAUCAAUUGUGCCUGUCCUUACACUAGGGUCUAUCUCAAAGAGAUGGAUUGUUCCUGGCUGGCGGAUUGGUUGGCUUGUCACAAGUGAUCCUAAUGGCAUCCUUCAAGAAUCUGGGGUUGUUGAAUCAAUCAAGGGAUGUCUCAACAUUUCCUCUGAUCCUGUAACAUUCAUUCAGGGUGCAAUUCCUCAAAUCAUAGACAACACGACAGAGGAUUUCUUCACAAAAAUCAAUAACAUACUGAGAGAGGCCGCAGACAUAUGCUAUGAGAAAAUCCAGGACAUCCCUUGCAUUACUUUGCCGCAUAAACCGGAGGGUUCUAUGUUUGUAAUGGUAAAACUAAACCUGUCUUCAUUGGAAGGCAUUGGUGAUGAUAUGGACUUCUGUCUUAAGCUUGCUAAAGAGGAAUCAGUCAUGAUACUCCCAGGGACUGCUGUGGGAAUGAAGAAUUUCCUUCGCAUAACUUUUGCCAUUGAGCCUUCGGCGCUUGUAGUCGGCCUUGAGAGGCUAAAGGCCUUUUAUGAAAGGCAUGCCAGGAUACAAUAAGAUUUUAUCCAAGCAUCGAGCAGUGAGAAUUAAUAGUUGCAAGUUGAUUCUCAAGCUCCGUUCUUAGAUCUAGUGGUCAGUCCAGUCAAGAAAUAAAAAUGCCCUGCCUCUGUAGUCAAUAAGCAAGAAGGGUCUGGAGAUCAGCAAGCUUGCUUCCUGCUAGUAACUGAAGUGUUACUAGUUUCUGAAUGUCCUAAUAUAGUUGUUGUUCAAUCGGGUAUUGUGGUUGGUGAAAUUUACCAAACAUUAGAAAGGGCUUUAAUUCCUAUGUUUAAAACCGUGAAAUUUAUGAUCUGCAGAGUACAUCUCUACUUGUUUAAGAA